AUGUGUAUUGAUAUCGAUGAAUGUAAACAGAAUAUCUGCGAACAAUCCUGCGCCAACACUUUUGGUGGAUAUUCCUGUUCUUGUCAAGAUGGUUACUCUCCAAAUCCCAAUGAUAACACAAAAUGUAUUGAUAUUAAUGAAUGUACUAGAAACAACCCCUGCAGUUCUCAUGGCACCUGUAAUAACACCAUGGGCUCUUAUACUUGUCUGUGUAAGCCGGGAUGGACAGGACGAGCAUGUACUGAAGAUGUAAAUGAGUGUUCGGAAAAUCCAUGUGGAAAUCGUGGUUCUUGCUAUAACACCAUUGGUAGUUAUGGAUGUAAUUGUUAUCCUGGAUACACUGGUGUAAACUGUAAUGAAGAUAUUGAUGAAUGUCUGAGUAACCCCUGUAGGAAUGGGGCCACCUGCAAUAAUCUAGUCAAUACAUUCUCCUGCUCCUGUGUUCCUGGAUUCACCAGUAGAUUCUGUGAAAUAAAUAUCAAUGACUGUACCCCAACAUCGUGUUUUAAUAAUGGCAUCUGUAUUGACUUAAUAAAUAGCUUUUCCUGUGCAUGUCCUUCUAACUGGGGAGGCCCAACCUGCAAUAUUGAUGUGAAUGAAUGUAAAACUGGACGUCAUAGUUGCAGCCCCAAUGCCAACUGUACAAACACAAUGGGGUCAUAUUACUGCACUUGCAACUCUGGCUACGUGGGUAAUGGAUUCACUUGCAAAGAGGACAGAUUGUUUGAAUACCGAUCUGAUAGAAUUGCUACACAGCGCACCCAAGAUUUCUUUUCUCCUAUAAUUGACAUCCCAACAGGCUUUCCUUUUGGUGCAUCAUUUUAUAACCAGUUAUAUUUCACAGAUAAUGGCAUUAUAGUUUUUCGUCGAACCUCUUAUGAAUCAUUAUAUACACUGAGAUAUCCCUAUAGUACCUUCUACAACAGUGAUUAUUAUACACCCCCCAUGAUUGCUGUUUUCUGGGCAGAUGCAGAUUUCUCCGCAAUGGGAGAACUUUACUAUCAGACAUAUAACUUCCAAGCUUCACCCAAUUUUAUUACAAACUUCAAAAGCCAACUUGAAACAGACAUAAAUUCAUAUUUUCCUUCCCUUCCUAAAACUUUUCAAGCUCUUUGGGCCAUAAAGAUAACAUGGCAUCAGGUCCUGCCCUAUCCUUGGUAUUUCUUCAAUUCCUUUGAGUUAGUUAAUGGAACUGGUUACUUCAGUGCGGAACCUUUUGAAGAGAAUGAGAGCAGCACUGCACUAUCCAACUCCAUCCCAGUACUCGAGAACAGCUUAUCGAUGAAGAUGCAGGGUAUCAGACCACAAUGGUCUGAUAUUGAUAACCUAUCCCAGGGUGGAGAACCCACAAUGUAUCCUACUGGUAAUUUCCCUUCAUAUAACGACCCACAAACUAACUCUACUGCUAGCAUUGUGAAGAGAUAUACUCCAGAUCAAUACGUAGGACAAAAUACAAACAAAAAAGGCUAUUGGGCUUAUCGUCUGGAAAUGAACACAGUCAACACACAGAAUUACAGGCAGAAAUGUUUGAAUUGGUACUAUGCGGACAUUAACGUACCAUCAUACUGGAUGUAUUACACACGUCCAUGCCCUUGCUCAUAUUCGCAGGCUGUGUUUGAUUCUUCUUUUACACCGGCAAGUCGUCUAAGCUCUUAUGGCUUUCAACACAAAUAUACAGAUAGGUAUAUUAGUUUCCAGACUGCAUCUUCAUCAUGGUAUGGAGGAGGCACACGAUGUUACUACAAUUACUGGGGCAGUUUGUCCUAUGGAGAGAAAGAAAGAUACACACCAACCCCAUGGGAAUAUGAGAACAGCUGGUUGAGAUGGUGGGACCCUUACUACUACUACAAUUUCUAUUAUUACAGCUACUUUCUACCACAGUUACAGAUACAAAGGGAUAAAUAUAAAGAACUUGAAGUUGAUCCUUACAAUAACUGCUGCAGGUACUCCGGCUCUUCAUCUCUAUGUUCCUUGUACCAACAGAGAAGACCUUCUGAUUUCUGCUUUGGAUAUAUUCCACCAAACUUUGGCUUUUUAUUUGGUGACCCCCACAUCAGCACAUUAGAUGGAGUAAAAUAUACUUUUAAUGGCUUGGGAGAGUUCAUUUUGACCAAUGUUAAAGAUGAGAAUGGCACGGUUAUCUUCAGGCUUCAAGGGCGUACUGCUAGGGCUGGCAAUGACACGCAGGCAACCAACUUUGUGGGAAUGGCCGCCAUAAUUCAAAAUGGGACAACGAUUGAGUGGAUACUUCAGGGAAGCAAUUCGACUAUUGUGAAACUCAAUGGAACUGAAUUUACUUUACCAGACAACUCUACCUAUGUAACCCAAAUCACACUGGAGAAGACAGAAAAAGAUGAAAUAAAAGCCUCAUUCGAUGGGGGGAUAUCAGUUACAGUUUCCGCUGAUCAGGGAGCUCUGAGUUUUACCACAAUGUUAGAUAUUUCCUACAAGAAUAAAACAGAAGGCCUCCUGGGGAUCUUCAAUGAUGAUAAGACAGAUGAUCUGAUGGCAGCCAAUGGGACCAAGCUAGAAUUUAAUGGUGUGAAACUUCCCAAUGAUUCCCUCAUCUUUGAAAUUGGAAUGACAUGGAAAACUAAUCCUUUGGACAGCAUCUUCAUCUACAAUAAACCAAUGAAGGAAUCUUGGUACACCUACAACAAUAACACAUUUGUGCCAAAGUUUUAUGAUGAGAUUCUCUUGACGAGUAGCAGUGAAGAAAUCCAGAGAGCAAAUCAAACAUGUCAAGGAAAUGAUGAGUGUAUUUUUGAUAUCCUGAGCACUGGAAAUGAUGCUUUAGGAAAAGCCACCCUUAACAGUCUCAGUGCAGCCAUUGAACAAAGCAGCACAAUGAAUAACUUUCCUCCAAAUGUUACUGGACCCACCACUAUUCACACCAAACUUUUUGAGCCAAUAACAGUGUAUUACACAGCCACUGAUGAUAACAAUGAUACUGUGAUCUUCUCUUUGGAGACAGACUCCUCUGACAUCAAUAUAACAGCUACUGGGAUGUUGGUAUGGUACCCCACCAGUUCAGCGCCAAUUAACGUCACCGUAAUUGCUAAUGAUUCCAAAGUCACCACUGCAGUGCUUCUAACGCUGGUGCUCUGCAACUGCACCAACAAUGGCAGUUGUCUCUAUGAUAGUGUCACCAGUGUAGCAAAUGAAACCACAACCUUCCGGGUGGCUGGAUGUAACUGUUCUGCCGCAUGGACUGGGACAUUCUGUGAAGAGGAUUUUAAUGCUUGUGCAGGAAACACAUGUUUUAACAGCAGUAGUUGUGUAGAUUACAAAGCACCUCAGGAAGGAUUUGAGUGUGGUCCAUGUCCUCCUUUUCUAACUGGAGAUGGAAUAACCUGCACAGAUAUUGAUGAAUGUUAUCUCAACACAUCAACUUGUCAGCAAAUAUGUAAUAAUUAUGUGGGUGGAUACAACUGCAGCUGCAAUGAAGGCUACGAAGUGGAUGAAAACAACAGCUCUCUGUGUGUCGACAUUGAUGAGUGCACCAAUGGUAUUCCCCAAUGUGUUGCCAACAGCGACUGUAAAAACAUUCCUGGAAAUUAUACCUGUCAAUGUUCAUCUGGAUACGAAGGAGAUCCAUUAAUACUCUGUGUUGAUAUCAAUGAAUGUGCCACUAACACGUACAUCUGUCCCAAUGAAUCAAGCUGUGUGAAUACCAAUGGAUCCUAUACAUGUCAGUGUCUGAAAGGAUAUGGCGGAGAAAACUGUUCAGAUAUAGAUGAAUGCCUGGAUAAUGCCACUUGUCCUUUGCAUUCACACUGUACCAACCUGCCUGGCUCAUACCUAUGUGAGUGUCAUCAAGGGUAUGGUGGUGACAACUGCACAGACAUUGAUGAGUGUUCAACAACAAACAACUGCAGUUUUUGGGCGGACUGUCACAACACUGAAGGCUCCUACGGCUGUACCUGCAGGAAUGGUUACUCUGGUAAUGGGACGGAUUGUGUGGAUAUCGAUGAAUGUCUUGUAAAUGCCUCCAUUUGUGGAGUAAAUGGAACCUGUAACAACACGAUUGGGAGCUAUGAAUGUUCUUGCCAUACUGGAUUUAUACUUGUGAAUGGAACGUGUCUGGAUAUUGUAGAAUGUGACCAACCAGAGUACUGCACGGGAUCAGGAAGAGAGUGUAUGAAUACAAUAGGCAGCUUUUAUUGUACUUGUCAAGCAGGUUAUAAUGAAGUCAAUGGCAGCUGUAUUGAUAUUAACGAGUGCAGUGAUCCUGGGAUGAAUAAUUGCUCAGUUGACGCAAUCUGCACUAAUGUAGCCGGAUCUUUUGUAUGCGCGUGUAUGGUAAACUACACAGGAGAUGGAGUCAACUGUACAGUUGAUGAGUGCUUGUUAAAUACAACCUAUUGUGAACAUAAGUGCACCAGUUUCCCGGGGGGACACAAUUGCAGUUGCAACAACGGCUACAAAGUGAAUGCACAGAACAGCUCUAAGUGUGAUGAUAUCAAUGAGUGUGAAAAUGUAACAAGUCCAUGUGCUGCAUAUGCCAAUUGCACUAAUUUACCUGGGAACUACUCCUGCCAGUGUCUGCCUGGAUUUGAAGGUGAUGGCAAGCAUGAGUGUAUUGCUAUAAAAACUACAACUGAAUUCCCAACAACAACUCCUAGUCGCAAUGAAACAGCAACAACAUCAUUAAAUGACUCCACAGUUCAGACUAUGACCACUACUUCUGUGGCAUCUACCAACACAAGUGGCAUCACUCCUGGUACAAAUGCAACAAUUCCAACUACGAGGCCAACGAUACCUGACAAUCAGACCACCAUCACCUCCCCAAUUACUAACACCACUCUUGUAACUUCAGGAGUAAAUGUAACAAUUCAGAGUACAAGUCCAACAGUUUCAGACAAUAAAACCUCCAUUACUACUAUUGCUCCUAUAACAAAUGCAAGCACUAACACUCCACUGACAAAUGUAACAAUUCCAACUACAAGUCCAACCAUACCUGACAAUCAAACCACCAUCACCUCUCCAAUUACCAACACCACUCUUGUAACUUCAGGAGUAAAUGUAACAAUUCAGAGUACAAGUCCAACAGUUUCAAACAAUAAAACCUCCAUUACCACUAUCGCUCCUGUCACAAACUCAAGCACUGACACUCCACUGACAAAUUCAACAGUUCCAACCACAAGUCCAAUGAUACCUGACAAUCAGUCAACCCUCACCACUCCAAUUACUAACACCACUCUUGUAACUUCAGGAGUAAAUGUAACAAUUCAGAGUACAAGUCCAACAGUUUCAAACAAUAAAACCUCCAUUACCACUAUCGCUCCUGUCACAAACUCAAGCACUGACACUCCACUGACAAAUUCAACAGUUCUAACCACAAGUCCAAUGAUACCUGACAAUCAGACAACCCUCACCACUCCAAUUACUAACACCACUCUUGUAACUUCAGGAGUAAAUAUAACAGUUCAGAGUACAAGUCCAACAGUUUCAGAAAAUAAAACCUCCAUUACCACUAUCACUCCUGUCACAAAUGCAAGCACUAACACUCCACAGACAAAUGCAACAGUUCCAACUACAAGUCCAACAAUAACUGACAAUCAGACCACUAUCACCUCUCCAAUUACUAACACCACCCUUGUAACUUCAGGAGUAAAUAUAACCAUUCCGAGUACAAGUCCAACAGUUUCAGAAAAUAAAACCUCCAUUACCACUAUCACUCCUGUCACAAAUGCAAGCACUAACACUCCACUGACAAAUGCAACAGUUCCAACUACAAGGCCAACAAUAACUUACAAUCAGACCACCAUCACCUCCCCAAGUACUAACACCACCCUUGUAACUUCAGGAGUAAAUAUAACAGUUCCGAGUACAAGUCCAACAGUUUUAGACCAUAAUACCUCCAUUACCACUAUCACUCCUGUCACAAAUGCAAGCACUGACACUCCACUGACAAAUGCAACAGUUCCAACUACAAGUCCAACUAUACAUGACAAUCAGACGAACAUUACCACUUCUGUUCCUGUCACAAACACAAGCACUGCCACUCCUGGUACAAAUGCCACAAUCUUUACAAAAAGUGCUACUGUGAGUACAACAGUUACUUCUGUUAUAUUAACUACAAUAUCAUCAACUGCAACAACUACAAGGUUGACAACCACCCCUACAGUUUCAUCAAGUACAAGUUUGACAUCAUCUACACCAUCAAGCACCACUGGAAUUUCAACUCCUGCGGUUUCCCUUUUCCCAUAUGGAACAAGUGAAGGUGAUAUCACAUACAGCGUAAGAUCAAUAGAUUUUACCUCUGAAGUAUUCCAGCCAAAAAUAGGAUUUCCCUUUGGAAACAGUUUAAGGAACUUUAUUUAUUACACAGACAAUGGUCAAAUUGUGUUCCCGGAAUCCAGAAACAGCAUAUUCUCUUAUGCUUACCCACCAGUCAAUGGAUUUACUGAAUCAUGUAAUGUGGCUUCCAUUGCUGUGUAUUGGAGUGAUGCAGACUUGUCCAGUGGUGUGGGAUCUACUUACUACCGGGAAUACAAGUCAGGAAAAAAUGGUAUUGUUCCUGACGUUGAAAAGAUCAUCAGCAACAACUUAAAGAUUUCGUACACAGCUCAGUGGACAUUGAAGAUUACCUGGGAAAAGAUUCCUGCAUAUCCUGCAAAACAAAGUAAUAACCAGACCAAUACGUUCCAGGCAGUGCUGACCACUGAUGGAUUUCAGUCAUAUGUGCUGAUUCUGUUUGAGGAUGGUGGAAUGAAUUGGGAGGACAUAGCUCGUCACCCAAGUCCUCUAAUUGGUUAUUGCAGUGGAAACCAGGAUCAAUUUUUCUGGAAUGAUCCCAUAGCUGUGAAUAAAAACCGCCCAAACCUCUACAUUGGAAACAAUUCAGAUGUGAGAGGACUCUGGAUUUAUCCACUGAAUGAUGCUGCAGUGACAAACAGUCGUAUGAAAUGUCUCAGUUGGUUCAACAAUCAGCCCAAUCCCUUAAAUUGGAAUUCAGGUUUAUUAUCAUGCCCCUGUUUAUAUCGGCAAGGACAGGUUGAUUCCCGCUUCAGAGCAACACAAGCAGGCGCAUCCCACUAUAUUAGUCUGCUCCGCAGCACAUCUCCCAAUUGGUACAAUGCAGGUGUAAGAUGUGUAUACUACCGCAAGAAUCAGUUCUUAGAAGGUUUCCAGGAACGGACAUGGAAUUUCCAUUCAUCAAGUAAUGAUGAAGAACUUCAGGCAUACGACUGGUGCUGCAAUGAUGUAGAUGAUCCUCAGUUCUGCUCAAUGUACCUGGAGAAGAGACCAUCUAUCGACUGCAGGAACUACAGGCCACCCAGGCCAGCAUGGAUGUUUGGAGAUCCUCACAUUACGACUCUAGAUGGGGUCGGUUACACUUUCAAUGGACGUGGAGAUUUCACCCUCCUUAAUGCAUCAGUUCCAGGAAUCUCUAUAGUUUUACAAGGUCGUACGGUGCAGACUGGAACAGCAAUGGCCACAAACUUCCAGGCUUUUGCAAUGCAGUACAUAUCAACCAAUGCCAGUGUUACAGUGGAAUGGUAUCUGGCGGACUCUAACAAUACAAUUGUUCUCAUAAACGGUUACGAUGUGUCAUUCACUAAAGAUGAAACGGGGACCUAUAUUAAUGACACCAAUCCAGCCGUCUUCCUCAAAAAUGACAGCUCAACGAUCACUGCGACUUUUGAAGGUUCUGUUUCUGUGGGAGUGUCGGCCCAGCUUGAUGUGCUGACUGCUAUUACCAAUCUUCCUAAUAACUUCUUAAACAAUACUAAAGGACUUCUCGGUACCUGGAACAAUGACCAAAGCGACGAUUUAUUUUUUGAUAAUGGCACAACCAUUCCGAUCAACAGCUCAGAAGAACAGAUAUUCUACUAUGGAAUGGAUUGGAAAGCCAAAGAGCCAAGUCUAUUUAGCAAGACACAAGUGACUGCAAGAAGCACAUUCAUACCACUUUUCUUCAGUGACCUGAAAAGUCAAUUUCCACAAGAAUAUGAAAAUUAUCAGAAGCUUUGUGGUAAUAACACCGAAUGCAUAUAUGAUGCCUUAAGCACCAAUAACACAGAGCUGGCCAUAGCGACACGGGAUGCGUCAGUACAACUGGAAGAAAACAACAGUACUUUAAAUGCUGUACCUCCAUACAUUACUGGAGAUUCCACUAUUACAACCUUCAUGGGGUCCAGUGUUACAGUUCAGUAUACGGCCAAUGGCACAGGAGUCGUUUUCUCUGAAACUGAUGCAACUUCAGAUAUUAAACUGUAUGAGAAUGGAACUUUGACGUGGACACCAACAAAAGGGGAAGGUUUUACGUACAACCUAAUAGCAACUGACUCCCAAAAUCUGUCAUCGACUUUCAAUCCGUCCUUUAUUGUCUGCAGUUGUAAUCUCUCUUCUGAGUGUGACUAUAGUAUAACAUCUAAAGUCAAUGGAAGUUCUCUUUCAAUCACAAGCUGCAACUGCACUAAUAAUUCCACUGGAGAGUUCUGUGAAAUUCCACCUAAUCUGUGUGCUCAAGGAUGUUUCCCUGGUGUACCAUGUGACAAUGAAACUGGUUGCGGAGACUGUCCUACUGGUUUCACUGGAGAUGGAGUACAUUGUUCAGAUAUCGAUGAAUGUAAGAACAAUCCCUGUUCACCUAAUGCCAUCUGCAAUAAUACAAUAGGAAAUUACACCUGUACCUGUAAGGAUGGAUUCACAGGUAAUGGAACCCAUUGUGAAGAUAUCGAUGAAUGUAAGAACAAUCCCUGUUCCCCUAAUGCCAUCUGCAAUAAUACAAUAGGAAAUUACACCUGUACCUGUAAGGAUGGAUUCACAGGUAAUGGAACCCAUUGUGAAGAUAUCGAUGAAUGUAAGAACAAUCCCUGUUCCCCUAAUGCCAUCUGCAAUAAUACAAUAGGAAAUUACACCUGUACCUGUAAGGAUGGAUUCACAGGUAAUGGAACCCAUUGUGAAGAUAUCGAUGAAUGUAAGAACAAUCCCUGUUCCCCUAAUGCCAUCUGCAAUAAUACAAUAGGAAAUAACACCUGUACCUGUAAGGAUGGAUUCACAGGUAAUGGAACCCAUUGUGAAGAUAUCGAUGAAUGUAAGAACAAUCCCUGUUCACCUAAUGCCAUCUGCAAUAAUACAAUAGGAAAUUACACCUGUACCUGUAAGGAUGGAUUAACAGGUAAUGGAACCCAUUGUGAAGAUAUCGAUGAAUGUAAGAACAAUCCCUGUUCCUCUAAUGCCAUCUGCAAUAAUACAAUAGGAAAUAACACCUGUACCUGUAAGGAUGGAUUCACAGGUAAUGGAACCCAUUGUGAAGAUAUCGAUGAAUGUAAGAACAAUCCCUGUUCACCUAAUGCCAUCUGCAAUAAUACAAUAGGAAAUUACACCUGUACCUGUAAGGAUGGAUUCACAGGCAAUGGCACAUACUGUUCCUGUACCACACAAUGUGAAACAAACUACUGUAGUAAUGGAGGAACAUGUACAAGGAUUGGUCCAAAUUGCACCCCUCAAUGCAACUGCCUUCCAGAAUUCUCUGGUGAAAAAUGUAUAGAUAUGGCCGAGUCCUUCAUGGCAGACUUAAGCCCAGGUGCACCAAAGAGGUCUGUAAUUGUAUCCCUUACCUCUGUCAGUAAUUUCACUUCAGAAGGCGGUUAUGAAGUGAUUCAAACAAAACUUAAUGGUGCUCCAUAUGAUGUGGCAAAUUUGUUUGAUAAAACUGCAAGUGAAAUGGAUCCACCAGGGAUUACAACUGCCAAUUUCUCAGCAAAAUUCACUGCAAGAUUUAACUAUGUGGCAAAUGAAACAAUCAUUAGCUAUCUAAAUGAUGAUCUCAUAGGAUUUCUGAACAGCACUGGUCAAAGCAAGCGUUCAACAGACCAAAUUACAAUUAGUGAUGUAACUGAUGGUAACAAAUCGAGUGUACAAGAUUUGCUGAAGUAUGCCAGUUGUCCUUAUAACGGAUACGACUUGGAUCCUACGAACUUGCAGUGUGUCUCAAAGUGUGCCAACAGUGCAUACUGUAAGAAUGAUGGCAUCUGUCAGAUUCUUGAUGGAAAUGUUAGCUGCAGUUGUAAACCCUUUUCUAUAUAUAUCACAUCUGGACCAACAUGUGAAAAUCUCUCUAUGAACCUGAAUGCAUUCUUUGGCAUAUUAUUUGGAUCUUUGGCCUUCCUUCUUCUGCUGCUCCUGGGAAUCUGGUUUGGAGUACGGUGGUAUAGAAAGAGAAAACAGAAUCAUGGUGAUACAGAUGAAAUGUACGAAACCCGGUUUAGCUGGAAAACAUCUCUAUUUUCAUCCUUUGAGCGGCUUGGAGAAUCAGAAAUUCCAAGUUCAGAAGAAGGCACUAAAGCUCCACAUUUGGUCAACUGGAAACCUCACCUUGAAAAAGUCAAUAGUUUAGUAGAGGUUAAGAUAAAACGACCAGAAAUAAUACCGGGCUCGGUCAAGAAUGGAAUGACUUCUGAAUAA